CUAGCAGGCUUGACGUCAGAGCGGAGACCGUGCAGCGGAACAAGCCUGGUGUCGAGUUUUGGACUGAGAGCAGCCGGGAAACUCCAGCUCCUGAGUGGCUCCCGCAACCUGUUGCAGCCUUUGUGUCUGAAACGUUGUGCCGCGAGGUAAUGGACUAUUAGAGAAACUUUUAACAGGGACUCCACAGCAACUGAAAAGCGAGUCCUAAUUGACGCUGCCCUCACAACACAAGCAGCGACCAUGGGCAAACAGAACAGCAAGCUACGUCCCGACGUCAUGCAGGACCUGAUGGAGAACACAGACUUCACCGAGCAUGAGAUCAUGGAGUGGUACAAGGGCUUCUUGCGGGACUGCCCCAGCGGCGCGCUGUCCAUGGAGGAGUUCAAGAAGAUCUACGCCAACUUCUUCCCUUAUGGAGACGCCUCCAAGUUCGCCGAGCAUGUCUUUCGCACUUUCGACGCCAAUGGAGACGGGACCAUAGACUUCAGGGAGUUCAUCAUCGCCCUGAGUGUGACCUCUCGUGGUCGGCUGGACCAGAAGCUGAAGUGGGCAUUCAGUAUGUACGAUCUGGACGGUAAUGGAUACAUUAGCAAGGCAGAGAUGCUGGAGAUUGUAACGGCUAUUUACAAGAUGGUUUCCUCUGUGAUGAAGAUGCCUGAGGAUGAGUCCACACCUGAGAAACGAACAGACAAGAUCUUCAGGCAGAUGGACUUAAAUCGAGAUGGUAAACUGUCCCUUGAGGAGUUUGUUGAGGGAGCGAAGAACGAUCCCUCCAUCGUCCGGCUGCUUCAGUGCGAUCCCAGCAGUGCUGGGCAGUAGAAAACUGGACUUUUUCCAUCACAGUUUGAUUAAUUUAACACAUUUUUCAAAAUCUCUCCGAGCUGACCCACCUAAGAUUGUUGAGAUUUUAUCACUUGAGCUAUAGAGGCCCAUACACACACACAAACACACACACACACACACAUAGAAAACAUGAAACAAUAGUGCAUACUACAAUUACCAAAGCCUGCCGCAUAUCUAACCUUUCAGACGGCCACAUACACAGGCUGUAAAUGUGCCUCUGUUUGGUCAAAAGACGAAGACAACAUGGGUCUCAUAUACGGUACAAAUGUAACUCAAAGGACUGAAACCCUGUCAAAGACUUGUUUAACACUGAAUCAAAGUUGUGCUAUCUCGGUCUAAGAAGACAGCCAGCGAGGAUAAUCCAACAGAUUCGUGAGGUACAUUGAGCUGAAUCCAAGUUUGCGGUUUCUUUUUUAUUCUUUCAUUUCUUUUCUUUUUUAAACAUAAUUCCUUAUUUGAAGGGAAUCAUUGUUCUCUUUUAACUGACUCGGUGUGUUGAAGGAUGAUGAAGUAUUGCAGUCUAGCUCCAUGUUAACACUGGAUGAAAUGAAGUCUGGCAAGCGUUCACAGCUUAAACUAUGGCUUAUGAUGACAGGAGAAAUGGGACAUUUUGGAUAGUUUUUAACGAUAAAAGAUUUUAAAAGGGAUGAAAGCUGAUUAUUUUAAUUGUAUAUCUUAGAGAAAUGUUACUUUUCAACAAAAACUGAUGAUGAAGGGGAAUAUUUUGACUACAGAUAACAACCAUCUGUUCUUUUGAAAGUGACUUUUUAUGCCAAGUUCUGUGUACACACACACACAGACAGACACACACACACACACACACACACACACACUUCAUAUAACACACACACCUUUGAUUUUACUGAAGACUACAUUAACUUGACAUAUGCAUAUAAACAGCUGUGAUUCUCUUCCUUCAAUUAAGGUUUAACAAGCGAAUGAGCAAAAAAAAAGGUUAGAUCUUAUAUGGAUAUAUAGUAUGUUACUUAUAUAUUCUUCAACUCUGAUCACAUUGUGGAAAUUUGCUGAAAUGGAAGAACUUCUAUUUUUUGACGUAUAAAUUAUUGGAAUGUGAUGAUAAACAUUUUAUUUUACUUGACGAAUAUGAUGUGAAAGAAAGUUGUACAGUAUAUUUAUGCUACAGAUGUUAAAAAGGAGAGGACCACACAUAUUGCUAUGAAUUUUGCUUCAAUUAGCCACAUCUACAUUUAGUGCAUGUAGCUGCUUCUUCUCCCUUAAGUAUCUACAGAUCUCAGUUUGAUACCCAGGCGCCCCUCCACGGACCUUAUAUUUCCCAAGAAGCCAGUAAACAUUGGCUUUGUCCUUACAUUUCCCUGUACUGCGUGUAACUGGUGUGUAAACGCUCUCUAAAUGGUCUUUUGCAUCAUUAAAGUGCAACAGUAACGUCU